UGUUUGGCUUUAGCCCAAGACAGCAGCAGUUAAUCAAAAUCAUCCACUCAACAAUGGCAGUAAAGAUCGUUAUCGCUUUGGCUCUGUUCGCCGUGGCCCAUGGCGCCGUGCUGAGAACCGCUGCUCCGGUGGCAGUGGCUCCUGCUCCGGUACCCGUUCUGGCCAAGACCGUCGAGCUCGAGGAGGUGGAUCCGCAUCCCCAGUACUCGUACAGCUACGACGUGCAGGACACUCUGUCCGGCGACAACAAGGGACACGUGGAGGAGCGCGAUGGGGACAUCGUUCGCGGAGAGUACUCCCUUAUCGACGCCGAUGGCUUCAGACGCACCGUGACCUAUACCGCCGAUCCCGUCAACGGAUUCAACGCCGUCGUCCGUCGUGAACCCCUGGCCGCCGUUGUGGCCGCCGAGCCGGUGGUUAAGGUUGCCGCUCCGCUGGUCAAGGCCGCCGCUCCCGUCGCACUGGCCGCACCAGCUCCCAUUGUCCGCUCCGCUCCCCUGGCCGUCGCCGCUCCCCUGAUCAAGUCCGCUCCCCUGGCAGUUGCCACGCCCUUCGUCCGCUCUGCCCCCCUGGCGGUGGCUGCUCCUGCCCCUGUUCUGCGUACCGCUGCUUAUGCCACACCCCUGCGGUACACCGCCCCCGCUUACACCAUCGCCAACUUGUAAAUACUGAGGAUGCGACCGCAAUUAAUGCAAUCUGUUGUUUUGUUUCUAUGAUAAUAAAAUGUGAUUUGUUAUGUUAA